AUGCCUGAAACUUUAACACCGAUUCUCCAACACCUAAACCUUUCAGAUCAAAUGUUUCUGUUAAUGCUGCCAACAGAAUUGGUUCUGUUGCUGUUGUUAUUCCUGGAAGAACAAAAGGAUAUAAGCUCAUUGUCUCGAACAUGUGUCCGCCUUCAUACUAUCCUGAGCCCAUGGCUCUAUCGAAACAAUGCUCGAAAUUUAGGGAGCUCCGCUCUUUUAUGGGCUGCUAAAAAUGGGAAUGAGGCUACCGCUCACCAUUUGAUCCUAGGAGGAGCUAAUAUCAGUAUAACAGAUGAUAUUGGCCUCACGCCUCUUUCUUACACUGCAGCAAAAGGACACGAGUCCAUCAAAAAAGCAAAUGCAGACUCUGUUGGCCUUAGGGGCUGGACGCCAUUGUUCUGGGCUGCAGAGAAUGGGCAGGAGGCGGUGGUGAAGUUGCUACUUCAGACAGAAACUAGAAGGACCCCACUUGCCAUUUUGGCACAGAAUAACCACAAAAAUGUAGCGAAGCUGUUACUCGAUGCAGGGAAGGUUGAUAUGGACUUAAUAGGGUAUUGGGGCCGAACUGCAUUAUCCUACGCUACAGCAAAGGAAUACUCAACCGUGGUGCAACUAUUGAUUGAGACAGAGAAAACACCAUUGUUCUGGGCAGCAGAUACUGGGCAAGAGGCAAUUGUGAAAUUGCUGCUCGAGACAGGAAAGAUUGAUAUGAACUUGAAAGGCUUUUAG